AUGGCUCUUUGGUUCUUCUCUUUGCUUUUCUUUCUUUUUUGUUCUAACUCUUGGGCUGAACCGAUACCAUCCUUGCCAGGACAACAGAAAAAUGUUACUUUUAACCAGUAUUCUGGCUACAUUGUAACAGAUGCUAGCCAUGGCAGAGCUCUUUUCUACUACUUUGUCGAAGCCGAAUCCAGUACAGAUGAAUUGAAACCGUUAACAUUGUGGCUCAAUGGAGGGCCUGGUUGUUCUUCACUUGGUUUUGGUGCAUUCAUGGAAAAUGGUCCAUUCGAACCAGGAGAAGAUGGAACUCUUAUCAAGAAUCCAUAUUCAUGGAACUUGGAAUCGCACAUGUUAUACGUGGAAUCGCCAAUCGGGGUUGGAUUUUCAUACUCAAAUACCAGCCAGGAUUACAUCUUAUGGAAUGAUACACAGACAGCUCAAGAUAACUUAGUGUUUAUCUUGAACUGGCUGGAUGAAUUUCCCCAAUUCAAAGAUUGUGACUUCUUCCUAACUGGUGAAAGCUAUGCAGGCCACUAUAUCCCACAGCUUGCAGCCUUGUUGGUGGAGCACAACAAGAAGCCUAACGUUGAACCAGUCAACCUCAAAUCCAUUGCUCUUGGAAAUCCACUUUUGGACAUAGACAUUAGUGUAUUGGCCGGUGACUUCUUAUGGUCACAUGGUGCUAUAUCAGAUGAAACCCUGUUCUUGGAGAAGACAGUAUGCAAUGACUCAAAGUUUUUGCGAGAAUACGCUCAUAAUCAAUGGUCUCAAGGAUGCAAUGAUGUAUUCAAUAGAGUUGCAGAUGAAGUUGGUGUAGAUGUUGGAGUUGGACUAGGUGACCUUCUCUUGCCAAAAUGCACAUCGUCAAGCAAAGCGGAGCAAUUUAGAUUUAAAGGAAAGCUUGGAAAGAUACAUGAAGCUGUUGAUAAGAGAGCAAAGAUUGGCGAUCCAUGCCUUGAUCGAAGAAUAUUUACCUAUCUCAAUAAGCCUGAAGUUCAAAAGGCACUCCAUGCAAAUACAACUCACCUCCCUUUCCAUUGGGAUUUCUGUUUAGGGCCUCUUGUCUACCAAGAAGCAAACUUGGACAUGAACAUCAUUCCUGUUGUUUCAGACCUUAUCAACGAGGGAAUUCCUGUCUUGUUAUACAAUGGUGACCAAGAUGCAAAAAUCCCUCUUACUCAGACAAGGAUAAUUGCUACUAACAUUGCAAAGGAUUUGAAUCUCAUUCCCCUCACAGACUAUGGCCCUUGGUUUGACCAGAAGCAGGUAGGAGGAUGGACACAAUCAUUUGGUGCUCCAGCUCGGGAUGGGAAGAAUGUAACAUAUCUAACAUUUGCCACAGUGAGGGGUGCAGCUCAUGAGGUUCCUUUCACAUCUCCUUCACAAGCCCUCACAAUGUUCCAGUCCUUUGUCACCGGAACGCCUUUACCUAGGCCUUCCUUAUGAUUUUUU